UCACCAAAACACAAGUCAAGUUCUGGUAUUCUACUCCACUCUAGCUACAGACAAUCUCAUCUCCAAACAUCUCCCAGUUCGCCCUUCUUUUUAAGUCUUGUAGAAAGAUGAAGGUCCUCACUGCUGCAUUGGCCCUUUUGCUGCUCAUUCUAUCAUCCUCUUAUCUCCAAGCUGUGCAUGCCAUGGCCGGCUCAGCUUUUUGCGACUCCAAGUGCAAAGUGAGGUGUGCCAAGGCCGGGGUGAUGGACCGCUGCCUCCACUACUGCGGGGUGUGCUGCGAGGAGUGCAAGUGCGUGCCCUCUGGGACUUAUGGAAACAAGGAUGAGUGCCCCUGCUACAGAGACAAGGUCACCAAAAAUGACAAGAAGAAGCCCAAGUGUCCUUGAGUCUUAAUGAGCUUAAAUGCUACUUAGUAGAAUCCUAUUGGCAAACUUAUAAUCAUAAAUUGGUGGUCCGGGUCCUGUAAUGUUAUUGGUAAUAAAGUAUGGUAGCAGUAUGCAAAUCGCUUUAGAAGAGAGUAUGUUGGGUUUCAUUGAAAUAAAUAAUGGAAAGUAAAGAGAGAGCCAACAUGAUAUGCGACCAAGGGAAGUGUGGAGCUCUCUCUUCCUAUGUGUUUUGCUCCAUGGUACGUUUCCUUCUUGGAAUGGUGUUGUGGAGAUCAUCUUGUUAAUUGUAUGGCCAAUUGGAUUCUUAUAUAUAGACCAGAUCUCUCUC